GCAGAGGAGGGGGAGCCUCUGUCGCCGCCGCCGCCUCAGCUUCCCACAGCCGCUGCCGCUGCCUCCGCCGCUCUGCCUGGUCCAACCUCCAGGCCCAGUGCUCUGACUUUGCCGAACCGAGGCGCUCUGCAGAGACAUCCUUACUCCUUCCUGGGGGUCCGGGACGCUUAGGCCGACGUUGGGGGGAAACCUCCGCUUGCGGGUGACAGGGAGGGAGGAGCCUGGAGCUGGAGCUCGCGGCACCCGUCGCCCGGAUCAACAGGACAGGACAGGUUGAGGGGCGUCGGGGAAAGGAAGGGGUGUUAUAGCAGUCCCAGGGAGGACGAGAAAGCCCUGGCGCAGGAAGCUCUGAUGCGCUGUGACUUAUUAAGGGCCUGUUCACGUUUGAGGAGUGUUGACAACGUGGGUGCACUCCUCUCUUGGGGGCCUUGUUAGAUUGGAGGGUGUGGGAUCUAAGCAGUGCCAGUUGUUCCUCGGGAAAUUUAAGGGGCAACUAGAAAACAGACAGAAACGGCGGAUGCUCCUUUUUUCGGGGCGACAGAGGGUCCUGCAGACAACCACCUGGUGUCUGCACUAAGAAGGGUUGAUUUGGAGGUGACUUCAAAAGGAGUGGAGGGUAGCAAGGUGAGGGAAUGGUGUUAGCAGCUGGGACUCUGUGGUACUAGAAAUGGGGGUGACAAUGAGAAAAAGCAUUAUCCAGCCAGGGGGCCUGGGAACCCCUUUUCACUGAACCUAAACAGCCUGAAUUUUGAGUCAUAUUUGCUGGCAGAGGGGGGAUUUGAAGAAAGUGGGAGACCCACUCCAUUUAGAGUAUAGAAAAGGAAAAAAGAAAACAGAGCUGGGCUCCUCUUGACAUUGACAGCAGCCUAGGGUGAGCUAAUGUCCACAAAGCUUAGGACCCACACCCUGUGUAAGAGUAGGCUGGGCAGGAGCGGCCCCAAAAUAGGGUAGAAAGAAGCCUCGGGGUAUUGAGAACACAUCUUAGAAAUAUAGGAGGGUCUUGACUGUGGGAUAGAGGAGGUAUCUUCUAUCUGGUACAGAGGCCAGAGAGGAGGGAAGGGGAAAGCUUUCAUUAGGGGACAGAAUUCAUGGGUGAGGUCAGCUGAGGAGUGCAUAGGCUGCUGGAGCCGCUGGAGCUAGUCAGGGCCCAAGGGUGGGAGCCGGUGGUGUUGGGGAACGUACUGGGGUCUGGGGUUUCUCUUCAGAUCCUGUGGGUGGGGCGGUGGGUUGGGUCCUGAGCAUGCCCUGGUGAGAGGGCUCCUCUUGGGGAGCCCAGGGCGCUCCGGGAGCCUGCUGGUUUGGGGGUGUCUCCUCCCGGGGCGCGAUGGCGGCGUUGGCCAGUAGCCUGAUCCGACAGAAGCGGGAGGUCCGCGAGCCCGGGGGCAGCCGGCCCGUGUCGGCGCAGCGGCGCGUGUGUCCCCGCGGUACCAAGUCACUUUGCCAGAAACAGCUCCUCAUCCUGCUGUCCAAGGUGCGACUGUGCGGGGGGCGUCCCACGCGACAGGACCGCGGCCCAGAGCCUCAGCUCAAAGGCAUCGUCACCAAACUGUUCUGCCGCCAGGGUUUCUACCUCCAGGCGAAUCCCGAUGGGAGUAUCCAGGGCACCCCAGAGGACACCAGCUCCUUCACCCACUUCAAUCUGAUUCCUGUGGGACUCCGUGUGGUCACCAUCCAGAGUGCCAAGCUGGGUCACUACAUGGCCAUGAACGCUGAGGGGCUAUUGUACAGCUCGCGUCGUUCUGGCCGGGCCUGGUACCUAGGCCUGGACAAGGAAGGCCGGGUCAUGAAGGGAAACCGAGUCAAGAAGACCAAGGCAGCUGCCCACUUUGUGCCCAAGCUCCUGGAGGUGGCCAUGUACCGGGAGCCUUCUCUCCACAGUGUUCCUGAGACCUCCCCUUCCAGUCCCCCUGCCCACUGAGAUAUAGUCCCUGGACUGGAGGCUCCCUGCUCUUCCAGUGAGUCAGCCACCGCCACAUCCUGUGUCCUAGCCCUGCGCCGGGCCUUGCCGCUCUCACCCCUGUUGCCACACACAUGCCCUGAGCAGUCAGGUCUCAGCAGGUGCUGCACCCUGUGGGAGCUUCGGGGCUGUCAGGGACCUCCGGAGUUGCUGAGCUCUUAGAUCCUGGGGCCCAGGAGAGGUCCCAAGAUGGGGGUGCCUGAGAUGACCCUGCCUGAUCACUUCUCUUUUUUCCACACUAAUUCCUACCCCUUAAGAGAACACCCAUUUUUUUUCCUAAAAGGCACCGGGGUUCCAACACUCAAGGCAGGAAGGUAAUACUCUUCACCCUGGCUGAGCCAGUCUCUGAAGCCAUGUCCUUCUUUGCAUCGUCUCGAAGCCAUAGCUUUCUAGGUCGGUCCACUGGCACUCAGAAUGCAUCUCCUUCUCUCUCUGCUCUACCUUCUGACUUGGUCUGGACAGGUUCUGAUAGAGCUGGUCACCCCAGCCAGGCAGGGCCAUCCCUAUGUUCUGUGUUGGAACCCAAGUAUGUAUCCUUUCCACGUCUAUCCUUGUCCUAGAUGGACACCUCCCACCCCUGGCUUUAAAAAAGAGGCCCCCUACUGUAGCAAUUGGCCUUGGUCUGAAUUGGGACCAGUCUCAGGUCACCACUGAUUAAACCUUCUUAUCCCAGAGACACCCAAUUCUAGAACGUGGUAUUCUAGACCUUUCUGGAGCCAUACUUCCUCCUGAAUCUCAGUUCUAGGACAUAGCCCAUGACUCUCAGCCCUUUCUUCCCGGAUGGAGCUAGGGCCUGUAUAGCCAUAUUAUUGUACUAGAGUAAGUUCUAGACCUACCCUUCCACUUUCUCUAGCAAUUAAAGGAUGAGCUAUGGGUAGAACUCAGCUAUGAUUAAUUAAAAACUGAUUGGCUCUGAGCUGUGCUUGGUGGCACACACCUGUAAUUCAGCACCCGGGAGGCUGAAUCAGACAGAUCCUGAGUUGGAGGCCAUCCUGGGCUACAAUAGCAAAACCCUGUCUCAAAAGCCAAUACACACACACACAUACACACACACACACACACACACACACAGAGAGAGAGAGAGAGAAAGAGAGAGAGAGAGAGAGAGAGAGAGAGAACUAAUCAGUACUGAACGGAUCAAGAACCACUUCUUGCUUUUCCUAAAUAAUUUUCUAAAAAUAGUCCCUCCAGAAUACUAACCUUACUUUUACAUGGUUUCUAGUUUCAGCAUUCCAACUAGGGUUCUGCCAGGGAGACAAGAGUCUGGGGAAAGAUACAGGAAUUCUGGAAGAAUAUACCUGGCUCCUAGAAGGGAAGCUGAGAGGGAGAAAAUGCCAUGGUAUGAUUGAACCUGUGUCUGAACACUUAGCUACCUCAGCAGGAAUUCCUUCCAGAUCCCUUUUAAAGCUGAGGACUUUCGUUCUGAUAUGGUAUGCUGCAUCUGUGAGGUAAAGGAGAGGAGGAGAAUCAGGAAAUAAAAGGCUAGCCUGGGCUACCUAGUGAGGUCAGGGCCAGCCUAGGCUAUGUGAGACCCUGUCUCAAACAACAGGAAGCUAAGGUCUACAAUGAGAAUAACUCUAGAAUUAAAAAGGACAAAUAGGGACACAGCCUUGACUCCCCCUCACAGCAGAGAGACCCCCAACUCAGCAAUAAGUUCAACUUCUCCGAGCCCUCUACAGGUCAGGCUUAGGAAACGAGGAGCCUCUUGGGCUCCCAGACCUCAUAUGUAUCCCCAGAGCUUCUAACUAAAUAGAAUUUACUUUACUUUACAGCUUUUAAACCUCAGGUGGGUUCUAAGUACCCAAAAAGGACCUGAAAAACGGAGAAAGCCAUGGGGAACCUCUAGUAAAAUAGGAGGUAGAUUCUGAGUCUAGCAGAUGUAGGUGGAAACGUCUAUUGAGGUCCUAAGGGAGGGGCUAGUGCUCAAAGACAGGUCACUUUUCCUCAGGCCCUUUUACUUCUGGCUUGUUGCAAGAGAUGCCCCCCUCCCUCAUACAAACCCCGCUCAGGCUCCGCCCAUCUCCUGGCACUGCUCUCAGGGGACGGGGUCUCCACUUCAUGCUUUCUGUAAUUAAAGAUGAUUUAUACAA